UUCUUCGUACAAAAAGUCUCAAAAUUUAUGCUCAGUUUUUUCCACUAGUGGGUUUUUCUCACCUUCUGUUGAUAAAUAAUAAUGGGUGUAAGGUAAUGAUUUUUAAUCUUCUCUUUGUAUUUCUUUUUUUGAAAAUAAUUGAAUCUAAUUAAAAGCGGGGCUAUGUUUUCUGUUAGCAUGAUACUGAAUUCUUUUGGUACAUGGAGGAGUCUGUUUCCCUUUAGUUGUAGUGUAAGCUGGCUUGGCGUGAUAGAUGAAAGUGCUCUUUUGAAGAAUGGAGAUCCUCUUGCCGUGUUUCCUAGAUUUGGUGGCACCAAAAUUUGCUACAUCAAGAGGAAAAACCUUCGAUUAUAAUAUUAUCCUGUAGAGUUGUUGCUUCAAUGGUCGGUCAUUUUUGGAUGAAAAGUUGGUUUGUUAUUUGCAUGACAUGUUAUCUGGCAGCAUACUGAUCUUUCAUUUUUUGUUUAUUCCGUUUUGUUUUUACUUUCAAAUCUUGUCCAGAGGGUUUGGUAAUUGUUCUUAUGGGGUAAAUUUGAAAGUUUUCCUAGAAGAGCAAUUAAAGAUUGGGGCUUAAAUUUAAAUAGAGCAGAGAGAAUAAAAUGUAUAGGUCUCUAACAUGCUUACCUCAAAUUUAUUGGAGGAUUCAGGAUUCCUAUGAUUUCUAAGGUUGCUUUGCUUGAGCAUCUUGUUUUGGCAUCCAUUUGGGGCAUGAAUCUUAUGCUGCACAAGAAGAAAUGGGAUCUGCUUUUCAAUUGUAGGGCUGGGCUGAUUGCAUUGAGGUUGCAUGUAUUUGUCGACUAUUGAGAAUGUUCUGCUUGUACUCCUUGGAGGCUUUGCAUUCUGUUUUGACCUAGGGGUCUUUUCCUUUAGAGAAGGUAUUUCUGUUUUGACCUAGGGGUCUUUUCCUUUAGAGAAGGUAUUUCUGUUUUUCAGAAGCCAGAGUUCAUUGCAUCUUGAGUUUCAGUUGUGAUGAGACUUGGAGUGCAGCUCCAUUUUAGAUGUCAGUGAGAAAAAGUUCUGCAGACUUUCUGCAUUAGUGAGGUAAGUGUCAUCAUCUAGGAUAGAUGUAAAGUCUUUCAUCCAAAGGCUUUCUAGGAAUCUGGAAGUGGGUUAUAGUGCCAGCUUAGUUGCAGCAGUUGUACAUCUCUCUCGUACACGUGCUCUCUCUUCUUGUUCACUGUGGUAUUGUUCUCACGUCUCAUUCUUGUUUCGUCUCUGGGAUCUUCUCUGUCCUUCCUGUCUCUUCUUCUCUCUCAUCAUACCUCACAUCAGAUUGAUGCAUUGAUGUGGCAUUCCAUGGAUGCUUUUCAGUAAGCUGUAGUAUAAAUGGUGUUAAAUUGAUGAGAAUGAAUUGUGUACAAAUAUGGAUGGAAUUUGUGCAUAUUGCUUGAUAUGCAAUGUUGCAGGUAUAAUUUGAGAUAUGGGACAAAGAAACAUGCUAUGCACCAAUCAGAUGAUUGAUUUAGAAAUGGAUCAACAAAGCCAGGGAUAUCUACAUCCUGAGUCCUGCAUUCUUCUAGGGGGUGUGACAAACUUCCGACCACCUGAUAUUCCUACCAUGUUAACAGCUUCAGGGAACACUAUCAAUUGUGACGCCCAUCUAGCUGAUCGUUAUGAUGGUGCUAUGUUUUAUGGGAUGCCCCAAUACCAUGGUGUUCAUCCUCAUCCUCAGUAUCACAGCCCAAAUCUUGAUUUAAGUGUGGCUACUGCACCCAACUUCUAUGUUCCUUACAUGACUCCAUCUUCUGGUAUUCCUAUCAGUCAUGCAUCUUGUGAUCAAUUAUCUUCAUCCAACAAUUAUGGAGUGAUUGGAGUUUCUGCUGAUGAGUAUGGAACAAACAGUCACUUCAUGGAUAAUGCUAGAAGUUCAUACAAGAGAAAGAAUGCUGAAGGAAAUCCAGGGAAUUUCCACUAUCUGAAUGCCUCAGCAAGCUCUAGUUCCUCAGUUCCCCCAAUGAAUACAAGGCAUCCCGAGGGGGUUGCUCUGAUGGAUGCUACAUCAUUCACCCUGCCACAUUACAGGGGGACUAGUGCUUCAUCAAUCAGGGAAGUAGGAUCUCAAAGAAGUGUGAGGAAUAGAUUAGGUUCUGUGGGGCUCGAUCCUGCCUUGGCACACAACCCGAACCAUUUUAUUCAAGGAAACUAUUUGGGCCAACCCUAUCAGCCAGGGGGCUCUCUCUGGUUAGAUCAACACUUAAGCAACGGUUCUACUGAUGCAGGCGCUUCAGGAUGGACUCAGACCCCUACUAUUCCUUACAUGCACGGGAACAAUGUCAAUGGAGUUCCUAUAGAAACUGGGAGCAUGGGUCCACAGCGGUAUCAUGAGCCAGCUAGCAACAGAAGUAAUGCCAGUUUCUCGCACCCUUCUCCAGUAAACCCUCAGCGCCAUAAUUUUCAUCACCUGUCUCCACCAAUUCAAGGAAUUAGAGGUCACAAUAUUAAUAUUCUUCCUCAAGCACCAGCAGCUUCAUUCAGAGUUCCUACAGCCAAUGCCUCACAAAGCACUAUGAAUCUAUCUCAAGAUGGUUUAGAUAUUGGACUUAGGAAUCCGGGAUCUGUUCAACCAACCGGCCUUCGAAUGUACCGGCCUCACCAUGAGGGAGUUGCACCUGAGACCACACUAAGACAUCGCAACCUCCCUCGCUUGAGAGUGUUGCCAACAGAUGGGGUAGCAAUACUAGGGUUCCCUGACUAUUAUGAAGUAGAGAAUUAUGCUGACCACCACAGAGAUAUGCGCUUGGAUAUAGAGGACAUGUCUUAUGAGGAGCUUCUUGCACUUGGGGAGCGUAUUGGUAAUGUAAAUACUGGCUUAUCAGAUGCAACUAUCAGAAGUCAAUUAAAAACAAGAACUUAUUUAUCAUCUCCUUAUUCAAUCAAUUUGGAAGUAUCUUGUAUGGAUCAAGAAGCUGAUUCUUGCAUUAUUUGCCAGGAUGAUUAUAAGAGUAAGGAGAAAAUUGCAUCUCUUGAUUGUGGACACGAGUAUCAUGCAGAUUGCUUGAAGAAGUGGCUACGCUUGAAGAAUGUCUGCCCCAUCUGCAAAUCUGAAGCCUUAACCAUGGAAGGAAAGGAUGUUUAAGGUGGUGAUCCUGCUUGUAUAAAAUAAAAGGGAAAAUAAAGCGGAGGAAAGGGGUGGCAGCUUUAUGGGCGAGCAUUCAAAGCACAGCCAGUUCUCUCUCUCUUAAUUUGUUUAUUAUAACAAAGUUGAUAUUUUGGUACAUGUAUUUUGUACAUGCACUUGCAAAUAUACGACUAACUGUCACACGAAGUCAUUUAUUUGUUGGCUCUGAAUGUAUCAAAACCUGUACAGACAUUCAUUAUAGAUUUCGUGUGCUGUAUCAUUAACUUUCAGUUAAGGUGCCAUUCCGGUUCCCUUGUAUUUUGAGAUGCACGGUAUUGGAAUGUUGGAUCAUGAAUCUGAUGGAUAUAACGGUCUGCUUUUCCUUGAA